AUGACAGUUGACAGCACGCCAUCAUUGCAGUGAUUGUGAUUGUUCUUAUGCCGAUUAUUUGUUAAAAUUGAUGAUUUAAACCCUUUUUUGUUGUGUAGAAGAUGACGGACAAAUCCAACCAAGAUGAGGGCAAUAAUGUCCCUUUAAUAGAUAAUACAUUAAUUGUUGAUAUUUCUGAUGCUCUUAGUGAAAAAGAUAAAGUUAAAUUUACUGUACAUACUCGCACUACCAUGAAGAAUUUUCAAAAACCAGAAUUCUUGGUUGUUCGGCAACACGAGGAAUUUAUAUGGUUACAUGAUCGGUAUGAGGAGGAUCCGAAGUAUGCAGGGUAUAUUAUACCGCCGCCACCACCCCGUCCAAAUUUUGAUGCCUCACGUGAAAAACUCCAACGUUUAGGAGAAGGUGAAGGGACGAUGACUAAAGAGGAAUUUACAAAAAUGAAGCAAGAAUUGGAAGCUGAAUAUCUAGCAACCUUUAAAAAAACCGUUGCAAUGCAUGAAGUAUUUCUUACACGUCUUGCCAGUCAUUCUGUAUUUAGAGAAGAUUCUCAUUUACACGUUUUUUUGGAGUACGACCAAGACCUAUGUGCUCGCCCCAAGGGAAAAUUACAACAACUUGGUGGUUUAGUUAAAUCAAUUGGAAACACUACUGAUCAGUACUAUCUUAACGCCACUGUUCGAGAUGUAAAUGACUUUUUUGAACAACAAAUGAAUUCGUUAACUGAGUAUCACAAUCAACUAAAAGAAGCUACUCAUCGAACUGAUAAAAUGACUGAAAAACACAAAGAACUAGCUGACAGUUACAUCAAGAUCUCUGGUGGUGUGCUACAACUUGCCAAUAAUGAUCCUGGGCCAUUGGAUAAAUUUUUGGCCAAAGUAUCUGAUACAUUUGAAAGAGCAAGAAAAAUUGAAAGUAGAGUAGCUAGUGACCAAGAUUUAAAACUAGCCGAUACUCUACGGUACUACAUGAGAGAUAGUCAGGCCGCACGAGCUUUACUAGUUAGGCGACUAAAAUGUUUGGUGAAUUAUGAGAAUGCCAAUAGAACCUUGGAGAAAGCCAGACAUAAAAAUAAGGAUAUUCAUGCGGCGCCUGAAGUACAAGAGGCAGAAGCAGCGCAGUCUCAAGCUUGUGAGCAAUUUGAAGCAAUUUCUGCACAAGCGAAAGAAGAGUUACUAGAUUUUAAAACGCGAAGGCUGCAUGCAUUUAGGAAGAGUUUAAUUGAAUUGGCCGAACUCGAAGUAAAGCAUGCAAGAACACAACAAGAUCUGCUGAAAAAGUCGGUUCAAAGUUUGAGGGAAUUACUUUAAUCUUGGUGAUAUCUUUUAUAUAUUUUUGUUCCACUAUUUUGUUCACACAUUCCUUUUUUUAUUUUUUCCUAAUAAGGAGUGUUCUGCUUUAUUGCUAUAAAACUCGUAUUGUUUUGGUUAUAUCAAAUUCUAUAAUUAUUACAUAAAGAUAACGUAUCAUAUAUUGUAUGUUGUUUAUAUUUGAAUAAAAAUUAAAGUUUUCUAAAAAAGAAAUAUUAAAUCGC